UGGUGUAAUUUUGGGGAAUCGUAAUGCGAUAAUUUUUCAAUCUUAUCUUGUAGAUGACUCAAACACGACGUGGACGCGCUUACGCUUCAGCGUAAGAACUAAAUUUAGAAAUCAGUGACAAUUUAUUUUAAACUAGUUUGUAUUCCUCGUAGCACAAAUUCUUAGUUUCGGAAUAUGCUUUGUAGUAUUUACACAAUACUGUUUUUACUUUUAAGCGUUGUUUUCUUUAAUAAAAGUGUAUGUUAUUUGAUUUAAAAAUGACGAACAGUGGUCUUCGCAAAAGUGCUAGUGGUAGCUUUCAAGUGUACCGUCACGUGAACUCCAGCAGUAGUGAAACUUCUACGUCAUCAAUCAGUUUCUCUGAAAAUUCUGAGACACCGUUAAAAAGAUUCAACCGUUUGCUUCGCUCAUCAGUAGUGAGACAAUGGAACCUUUUCAAAAAAAAUCAGCCGGGCCUCAAGACACGCGGCAGGUCAAUAUCUGAUACUGGCUUAUGUUCUAUCGUCGACAAUGAUUUGGGCUACUUGGACGUUACUGUAUCGCCUAGUCUAUCAUUACAAGUUAUUGAUGCCGCAGCGCGUGCUAAUGUACCAUCACUAUCGAUUACGUCGGCGGGCGGGUCGGGCAGCGCAGUCGGCCUCGAGGAGGCUAGCGACGGCAGCGACGCCGAGCGCUCCCGACGACAUCUGCGCGUCCCUACUCCGACUUAUUUGGGACAGUCAACCGGGAACUUCUCGUCGGGCGCGGCGGGUGGCGGGUGCGGGGCGCCCCGCUCCGCGCCCGCCACCCCGCUGCAGCUCGAACCUCACUCAAGAUCGAAACAUGAUAAACAUGCCGUGAAGCCGCUAUCGGGCUCGGCGCCGUCGGUCCGCGUGUCUGGUUUGGCGUCGGGAGAUGAGGCCGAGCACGGCAAGCACCUGAGCAAGUCCCGGCAGAAGAAGUUCCAGAGGCACUUCCCGCAGGUCGGCCCGGAGGAACGAGUGCUCAAUUAUUAUUCGUGCGCCCUGGUCGGCGAUCUGUUGCUACAAGGGCAUCUGUAUAUAACGAAGAACUAUUUUGCGUUCUAUUCAAACGUCUUUGGGUAUGUGACCAAGCUGCUAAUCCCAACGACGUCCGUCCUUCGCAUAACCAAAGAGAAGGUGGCUCGUAUAAUACCAAACGCGGUCGGUGUCUGCACGCGCGACGAGCGUCAUGUAUUCGGCUCGUUGUUGUCGCGCGACUCCACCUAUAAACUUAUGAUGAAUGUUUGGAAAUCGGCAAAAGUUCCUGAAUUGACUGUGCCUAAGCCCGAAGAGCUCCGAACAUCAGAAAUAGAAGCGUCCGAAUAUUCACCAGAAGACGACAGUAGUUCGGGGGGAGCAGAUACAAUAGAUGCACCAACAGUACCGGUCAGACCUGAACCCGAAGCUAUAAUUGCAGCUGCGGGCGCGGCGGUGAUCCAGCCGGCGCUGCUGACGGGCGCGGCGCCGCCUCGCCGCUCCGCGCGCGCAGUACCGCUACUGCUGCUGCUGGGCGCGCUGCUCGCCUGCUCCGCGCUCUACCUCGCCGUCCGCCUCUACCGCGCGCCCGCGCACCACGAGGUGUCGGGCGAGGAGCUGUACUCGGAGCUGGUCCGCUGGCGCGCGCGCCUGCACGGCCGCGCCGCCGCCGAGCUGCACGCCUUCCUGUCCACCAACCUGCUGCUGCUGGCCAAGGUCCGACAGUCACUAGAAGCGCUUUCGGGCGUAAUAUUAACGGAUAUGCCGCAGCCGGGCGGAGAUGGGAACGUAGACGUACCCAACGAGACCGUAUUCAGUUAGCGCGCCUGAAGGAACCUGAAGCUUGGGACAAGCUAAUGGGCGAAGUGAAUGAAGUCACCUGUAGUUACAUAAGUAAUAGGGGUGGGAAGAGACAAAAA